AGGAGUGGGACUCCAGUUGGCUGUGUGCGCACAGACGCACAGACGCAGCAAGCAUCCCACUGGCUGGACUUGGAGGGGACAGUCGCCCGUCUGCUCCCUUCCACCGCUGUGUUUUCUGUUUUGUUGUCCUGGAGGUGAGAGGCACCAUCCGGAAGAAGAGCUUCGUUCUGCGUAAAGACUCGUACAAGUCAGAGAAACUGUGCAGAGUCGGGACCAGACACUUUUUUUUAUUGUUAUCUUGGAUUGAGGAUGUUAUUUUUCGCAUGAGUCGAGCUGGAUUUGCUCUACAGCGGAGCGCAAGCUGCGUCUUUUCAAUGGAUUUCCAUACAGUGGAAGUACCCUGGGAAUUAAACCAUUAAGUCACUUUAAGUUAAAGUCCUCUCCGACAGGGGUUUGGGAUUUCUUUCUUUGUCUAUUUUUGUUCCACACGCAGAGGAAAAACGAUGAUCCUCGCGGUGCUGUAUGUUAUUCUGCCUCUUUUAGAUGUGUUGUCUUACGCGGAGGAAAACCUGCGCGCCGGGGCCAACCGGCUGGACUGCGUAAGGGCAAGCGAGCAGUGUCUGAAGGAGCACGUGUGCAGCUCCAAGUACCGCACGAUGAGGCAGUGCGUGGCCGGCGGCAAAAGCAACUUCAGCACGGUGCCAGAUAUGGAAGCCAAGGACGAGUGCAGGAGCGCGGUGGAGGCGCUCAAACAGAGCCCACUGUACAACUGUAGGUGUAAGCGGGGCAUGAAGAAGGAGAAGAACUGCCUGCGCAUUUACUGGGGGAUCUAUCAGUCAUUACAAGGUAAUGAUUUCUUGGAGGAUUCUCCGUAUGAACCAGUGAACAGCCGUCUCUCUGAUAUUUUCCGCCUGGCUCCCAUCAUAGAGGGUGGGGAACCGUGGAGCAGCUCUGCUACUUCAGCUCCAGGAAGGGGGGGCACCGAGGGCAGGGUGUCGCAGGGCAGAGAGCCUAUUCUGGGCCGAGGGAGCCCCUCCUCCACGGAACUACAGGAUCCCAGUAGAAACAGGAGAGCUCAUCCCAAUUGGGCCAUACUUGGCGAGCCUGCGGUGGCCAGAGAGAAUAACUGCCUCAACGCUGCCAAAGCCUGCAAUCUGAAUGAUACGUGCAAGAAGUACCGCUCGGCCUACAUCAGCCCCUGCACCAGCCGAGUCUCCACUGCAGAAGUCUGCAACAAGAGGAAGUGCCACAAGGCCCUGCGGCAGUUCUUCGACAAGGUUCCUCCGAAGCACAGCUAUGGCAUGCUGUUCUGCUCAUGCCCCCUCAGCGACCAAACCGCAUGCUCUGAACGCCGGCGUCAAACCAUCGUCCCAGUCUGCUCGUACGAGGAAAAGCAGAAACCCAACUGUCUCGAGCUCCAGGCUUCCUGUAAAACCAACUACAUAUGCAGGUCACGACUGGCUGACUUCUUUGUUAACUGCCAGCCUGAGCCUCGGUCGCUGUCAGGAUGUCUGAAGGAGAACUACGCAGACUGCCUCCUCGCUUACUCCGGUCUUAUUGGUACCGUGAUGACUCCCAACUACCUGCGCUCGCCCAAAAUCAGCGUCUCGCCCUACUGCGACUGCAGCAACAGCGGCAACAACAAGGACGAGUGCGACAAGUUCACCGAGUUUUUCACAGAGAACACCUGCCUCCGUAACGCCAUCCAGGCCUUUGGGAAUGGGACGGACGUUGGGAUGUGGCAGCCGAUGUCUCCUGUCCAGACCACCACCUCCAUCACCACCCCUUAUCAAAGAAACCGCGAGCGCAACCCAAACACCCUCGACAACCACAUUAACGCAGAGGAUGGCAUCUACCACUUCUGUGGCAGCCUUCAGGCCCAGAAACUGAAGACAAACUCAAGCGGUGAUGGUGUCCUGUGCGUGGACCCUCACAUCCAUGAUCCAAGCACGUCCAACACCAUCCUGAGAAACUGGGCCACCUCCAGACGGCCCGCAGACCUGACCUCUCUGCUGCCCCCGCUGCUCUGGCUGUGGUACUGCAGUUUAACCGCCCUCUCUUCGCCGGGCUACUUGUAGCCUCGCUGCUUCAAAGCAACAAACUACUCUGGACUGUCAAACACACAUUUGUACAAAAGAAAAGCAAAACAAGAAAUUAUAUCCUUUCUUUUCAGUGAUACCUGUUGUACUUUUAUUUCUCCCUCGGUUUAUCUUUUCAUUCCUUCUUAUAUUCUUUUUUUAGGAAUUUUUUUAGAAGGUUUGCUGUUUUUAUGUAAUGGAUCUUUUUGCAUUGCAGCUUUGUGCUUAAAUAGUGAUCGAUUAUACAUGUUAACUCAGUUUUGGCUGUGUGUUCACAUUGGAUUAGCUUAAAAAAAGAAGGGAUUUAAAGCCUCUGCAUAUGAUGCUCAUGUGGGCAGACAUGAGAAAUACUUUGAGGACUACAUUCCACUAAACCACAGCUGGUAACUCUUUGAGCGCUAUGUAAAUUAGCAUCAAUUUUCAGAGCUGUCUAAUCAGUUUUCACCCACGUCUGUUUGUGUGUUGAGGCUAUUGGUGGGAUCUUUCGCUUAAAAGCCACAGUCAGUUCAGUAACGGCUACAUAUUAUUACCUGGGCAGCCAUUAGGUGUUAUUCAGUCUCCUCUGUGAUUCGUGUAUGUUUUGAUGAUGAUGUAAUCUGGUAUUUUACAUUUUUAUGAGCUGAAUGAAAGGACGACGUUCACGUUACCUGAGAAAACAAAAACAAAAGGACCUUUUUGUUUUCAGGAUGAAUGCUUAAAAAAGUUUGAAAGCCCAAACUGUCUCUUUACUGUAGCUCAUACUGAACACAUGUUGCCGCUGGCAAAAGCACACAUGGCAAAGUCCCACAAACACACAAUGCACAUUUUCACACACUCAGACAAAAACACACAGAAACACUAACGAACAAACACACACAUGUAGCUCCCAGUCUUUACUCUUCGGUUUGCCAGUGGAGUGCUGCUGUGGAUGCUGCACAUGCUUGUAAACGUCCAAGUUGUGUUUCUUUAUGAAAAGUGACAGAAAAGCUGCUGAAUGAUCAUCUUCUGUUUAGAUUUGAUGCACCUCGCCACAAUGAGCCCACGAAACAAAUAAAAAGGCUUGUAAAGUGUGUCCAGUUGCUCCUAAGUGCCCUCAAAGCUGUCGGAGCGUGUUUGAGGAGGUAGCGACAACUUUUAGUUGAUCAUUUGCUAAACUGCCCACUUCAGUCAUAAAGGAAAACUGUCAGGCUUUUGUACUCUAUCAAAGCACGUACAAAAAAUGAACUUCUUCGUUUGAUGUCUUUGUGGUUUGAACCAGCUGAAAGACAGAUGUAAAAGAGUUCAGGCUCAGGAUGCUAUGAAGGCAACCCCAACGCACCCUCAACUUAUCACCUUUUCCCUAAAUUUGAGACCAGCCAUUCUUCACAGUAAGCUCGUUUUUGGCCACUUGUAUUGACAGAUCCAAUCGUUUCUCUCACUGCGCACAGUUUAUAACAAGAUGAGGGUUGGGAAGUAGGAUGACCAGUAAAUCCAGAGCUUAGGUGAACCAAAACCACAUUACUGAUAUUUUUCCCCUCUGACUUACUUUCAGUCAAUAAAACGACAAAUUGAGGUUGAAGAAGGUCAACUGAGGGGCAACUGGACUUUGAUUUAUUGGUCCAGUAGUCUGAAUUUAAGCCCUGAUGGUUACCAUGGCCUGGAUGAAGGUACAAAACUUUACUAAAACACUUUAGGUAAUAACAUUACUUGUUUAGCAUUAGAAAUUAAAUCUGCUUGGUUAGGAAAGAGUCAUGGUUAGGGCUAAUCAUGGUUGUCAUCUUCAUGGACACUACAUGCUGCCCUGACCAACAGAGGCCACAUACUUGUAAUUCUAAUUAUUUUUUGGUCAAAUUCAAUUCACUUCAACUUAAUUUGUAUAGUGCCAAUUCCCAACAAAGUCAUCUCAAAGCACUUAACAGACACAAUCAAUUCAAGCCAUUUAAUUGUGAUUCAGCUAAAACAAAUCUACAUUAAUCCAGUUUAUAAUAAAAACUUAUGUAUAUAUGAGCCAAUUCAUGAAGAAUAACAUCCUAGCUAAGGAAAACCAAGCAUGGGGCGAUGAUGGAGGGGUAAACACCCCUUUUAACAGGAAGGAAAAACCUCCGGCAUGAACAUAAAGAACCAACUCCUGGGGUUCUUUUUGGCAGGAUUGUGGUCUCCUGUGAGCCACUUUGCCAACUAAAGUCACCCCAGUUACUCAUAUUUAUGCUGUAAAGUCAUCUUUUUUUCUUUUCUAGUCUACCUGGCUAUACCUGCUUUGAUUUCCAGAUAUAAAACGUAAAAGGAUGGGAAGGUCCCCCAAAAAAGCCCUCAAUCCAAACACAUCUUGCUGGAAACUUAAAUAAAAAUAAAUUUCCUUUGACGAAGUGGUUUUGACCUGAAUGCUGUCACUUAAUAGAUGUCAGUUAGCUUUUCAAGGAACUAAACACCACCACCAGAAGAUUGCAUAAGCUGGGUUAUCACUCCACAUGGUUGACGUCAAACCUUAAUGGUCCGACUGUUUCCUGUGAAAGCCGUUAAAAUGGCAGGAGUUUAGCAAACGGACAACUUUUUCUUUUUUUUUUAAAACAGGCGACUCCUGGACUGCUCCCAGGAACCACUGGGAAAAUCAAAAAUUAAAGAAGAGCAUCUGUUUUCAUCAGCUUUUCAGUUGGACACACGCCUCUUUUGUUUUUAUCUUACCAAACACAGGAAAUGUUAGCGUUUAGAUGUUACAGGCUUCCCUCCAGGAGGUGCAGGAAUGUCACUGCAGCAUGCUCAGCUAAUCACUUCGAGCAUUCGGACACUGACGGGAGCAUUUAAGACUUGCUGCUUAGGUUUACGUAGCUUCUCAAAUCACAGUUAAUGUAAAGUAGAACUUAAAUGUUAUUUACUGAGCAUAAACAUGGUAUAUGCACUAUAUGUACUUGGCUGAAACUAUGAAUUGGACAAAUAAAUGUCUGAUGAUAUUCUAUUUCAGAGCAUUGUGAGCUAUUUUGACAUUCAGAUACAACAUAAAGUUCGUUGAAUAAGCCAGAAUAUUGCUUUUUUAUAUAACAACUUAAAUGUAUAUUUCUCCCACUAUGUACAUGAUUAUGGGAUAUUAUUGCAUCUGAGAAAGAGGAUAUCAGUGUAACUCUCCUAUUGUAGGUAAAGCAUAUUGUUUUGUAUCAUAACCCCAUUUAUUACAAUGCUUAAAUGCAGUUGAUUUUUUUUGGGGUUAAGAUUUUUUCUUAUUUUUCUAUCUCUUGAAGAUUUUCUUUUGUUUUUAUGAGUUGAAGUAAAUGAGAUGGACCUGCCUUUUUUAAAAAAAAAUAUUGUUUAAUGCUAUUUUAUUGUUUUAGUUUCACGUCUAAAAUACUUCUGAUGAAAGCUGGAAGUUGAGCAAGAAAUAAAACACUUUGCAUGAUGUUAGAUAAAGGGGAAUAAAUCAAUGUUUGAAAGGUAAAUAUAUUCUCUAUCAUGUCUUUGAAGGUUUUUAUAGGUGUAUUGAUUGAUUGGAUGUGUGAAGUUUGGAUGGAAAGUGAUAGAGAAAUGUUAGAAAUUGCUUUAUAACUAAGGCUUUAUUCAGAACUGAUGCUCAGAAAUGAACCUUACCGUAUGUUUGAUCAUUUUAUAUUGAAACUGUGGUGGCGUAUCUUCACAGAUCUUGGAAUUUGAGAGUAAAAUAAUAUAAAAUAAUGGUUUGUUUGAGCUCUGAAGGCCUCAGAACUGGGGUUGCUUCUGGACUUGACAUGGAGUAAUGAUGAUAAACAUAUUUGCUGCCCAUCGCCAUCCCAUCUGUUGUUCCAAAUGAUCAUAAAUGACUUUUUUGGAGAUGCAGACUCCCUUGACUAUCUGGCAUCAUUAACUUCCUAGCUUGUGAAAAUGUAAAAUCUAUUGUACAAAAGUUAUGAUUAAAAACUGUUACUUCACUCAGA